GGGGGUGCGUUGAUGGCGCGGCCGCACAGCCCCACGACUGCGAGCCCAUCAUCUCAGCUCCGCCUGCAGCUUCCGUUUCCUCUCGAUCUCAACUAUUACUACUGAGCUGACAACCUCAUUGUUUUUGUCUAUAUAGAUUUUAGCUGCGGCUUUUUAAUCUAGCCCUGAGCCCGUCAUCGCACUCGCACAGUCGCACGUGACCUGAGCCGGGCUGCGCCCGCGCUGCUGAUCCGUCAGCUCCUUGCCCGCGUGUCCGCCUGCCCCCCUCUCCCUCCGGUUCGCACGUGACCCACCAAAAGUAGCUUUGGCAGUUUCGGCGUCCGGCUAGAUUUCAUACGAGAGAAUAAGAAAUACGGUCGAGAUGCUCUAAUAAUCCCGUCAAAUACCCUAAACUUGUCCUGAGUUCAGCUUAAAUCCUGAGCCACAUCCUGGCACUCACGUUAUUAUUUUUGUUUUAAAAUCAGGGUAGGAGUGGGACAUUCAUUCUCACAGCCGUGCAGUCCUUUCUUUUUCAAAUCUUCAGGGGUGGCUCGUCAGUCGUCAUCACUCAUCAAGAUCCAAGAACAACGAAGGAGCGAGCAAGACGCCGUUGAGAAAACACGGGGUGGUAUUCUGCAGUAAAAAAAAAAAAAAACACUCGAGGCGAAAGUGUCCAAAGCCAGAGGAGAGAAAGAGAAGACUUGUACUUGGAGGGCAGCUGGGCAGGUGAAAGGAAGAGGAAAGAGGGCGAGUGCGACGGGAGGCGCAAUGCGGUGGAGAUCUCCCGCCGUGCUGCGGCUGCAGCUGUGGCUGCUCGCCGUCUCCGCGUCGUUGGCUGCCCUCGGUGUUCUCGCGGCUGAUCUUAGCAAAGAACCAUUUACUAUCCGUAUAAGCUGUGGAAGCUUUGACGAUGUCCGGACGGAGCCUACGAACACAUUGUGGUACAGAGACUUUGGUUAUACUGGAGGCAGGUUCGCUAAUGCCACCCGGCCAAGCUUUAUCGUUCCUCCUCUUAAAACGCUUCGAUAUUUCCCGCUAUCUGAUGGCCCUGAAAAUUGCUACAACAUCAACAAUGUUCCCAAUGGCCACUAUCAAGUUAGACUUUUCUUUGCGUUACUGGACAACCCUAAUCUUGACAGUGAGCCGAUUUUCGAUGUUUCUGUUGAGGGUACUCUGUUCAGCUCUUUGCUUCUGGGCUGGAGCAGCGACGAUGAGAAGACAUUUGCAGAAGCUUUGGUUUUUGUCCAGGACUCAAGCUUAUCAGUUUGCUUCCAUAGUACAGGGCAUGGUGAUCCAUCGAUUCUUUCUAUUGAAGUUCUACAAAUAGAUGACGAUGCCUAUAACUUUGGUCCACCACGGGAAAAGGGGACAGUGCUUAGAGCAGUCAAAAGGCUGAAAUGUGGCUCAGGAAAGCCUGCUUUUGAUGAAGAUCUAAAUGGGAUUCACUGGGGUGGGGACAGAUUCUGGUUAGGAUUGCAAACUUUAUCAUCCAGUUCUGAUGAUCAAUCAAUAUCAUCCGAGAAUGUUAUAGCAGAGACAUUGCUUGCACCAAAUUUUUACCCUCAAGGCAUAUACCAAUCAGCUAUCGUGGGCACUGAUAGGCAACCGAGUUUGUCUUUCGAAAUGGAUGUUACCCCAAACAAGAACUAUUCAGUAUGGCUUCACUUUGCAGAGAUUGAUAAUGGGGUAACUGCAGAAGAACAAAGAGUAUUUGAUGUACUCAUCAAUGGAGACACUGCUUUUAAAGAUAUUGAUAUAAUUCGCAUGACAGGAGAGCGUUUUACUGCACUUGUCCUGAAUAAAACUGUUGCUGUCAGUGGAAUAACACUAAAAAUCAUCUUGCAACCUGUGAAAGGAACCCGUGCCAUUAUUAAUGCCAUUGAGGUGUUUGAGAUAAUCCCAGCUGAAAAGAAGACUUUGCCUCAGGAAGUGAGUGCAUUGCGAACGUUGAAGGGUUCACUUGGUCUUCCUCUUCGAUUUGGCUGGAAUGGUGACCCCUGUGUUCCUCAGCAGCAUCCAUGGAGUGGAGUUGAUUGCCAGUUUGACAGCACCAAAGGGAACUGGAUCAUUGAUGGAUUAGGUCUUGACAACCAAGGUUUAAAAGGGGUCAUACCUAGUGACAUAUCUAAGUUGCAACAUCUACAAAACAUAAACUUGAGUGGCAAUAGCAUAAAGGGGAACAUUCCAAUCUCCCUGGGUACCAUCUCUGUGGUGCAAGUACUGGAUCUGUCAUACAAUGAGCUUAAUGGAUCUAUUCCAGAGAGCCUCGGCGAGCUGACAUCAUUACAGAUACUGAACCUGAAUGGCAAUCGUCUUUCUGGUCGUGUUCCAGCCAGUUUGGGAGGAAGGCCUCUGCACAGAGCUAGAUUUAACUUCACGGACAAUGCCGGACUAUGUGGAAUACCUGGGUUACGUGAGUGUGGCCCUCAUCUAUCCGUGGCUGCAAAGAUCGGCAUGGCUUUCGGCGUGCUUUUAGCUAUUCUAUUCCUAGUUGUAUUCGCUGCGUGCUGGUGGAAGAGACGCCAGAACAUUCUCCGUGCUAAAAGAUUAGCUGCAGCAAGGGAAGCUCCUUAUGCAAAAUCAAGGACCCAGUUCACCCGCGAUGUGCAAAUGGCCAAGCAUCAACGGACACAUGAAAAUGCUCGGAGCAGCAACAGUGAAGGCUCGCCACAUUUGCUUUCCUAGCUCGGUGAGAAUACUGCGACAGUGACUUGGCUUCCAUCUAUUCUUCAGUUCCUCCUUUGUAUGCUCCUCUGCAGUCUUGAAAGACGAAGCUGCUGUACAUACUAGCUAGGUCACGAAUGGUGUAUAUACUUGUAUUUUUUUUGGUGAUCUAGAACUCAGUCCAGGAGAGGGAUCAGUCUAUCAGAUGAGAGAAAUUACCCAUUUCAUCCUACUUACUGUUCUGAUUACUGCUGUUGAUUUCCCCUUCACUGUUCAAGUAUGCUUAUUGUCAGUUUUGUA